AUGAUUGGGGAAUCAAAUUAUAUAGAAAUAAUGAAGAAUUGCUCUAAUUGGAACAGCCGAAUCGAAACUGAACGAAAAGGUCGUUAUCCAGUAUUAGAUGCACAAACGGGUAUUGCUCAACGACCGUCGCAAAAUUCACCUGUCACUUUUGUCAAUCGUUAUUCGUCUGCUUUGCCCUCACAGGUGUGCGUGUAUAUGAGCAAAAGAUGGAAGAAGCGUAUCGCAGCUCCAUCAUCAGACGCCACUGAAAUGAAGUAUAUUGUGCAAUGCAAUCCAGCAAUUAACGACGUUCUCAACCAAACAACAACUAAUAAUUCGCAGUCUGAUUUUUCAAUGGUAAGUGGUGAAACUUCGUUAACGCCGAGUGAAAUUGUGCAAAUCGAGAAACGAUCCAUCAAAAUACCUUAUGAGGCAACGUUCGAUGACGAAAUCGAAGACAGAAGUGAAGAGGAACCAUUAGAAAUAUCGGAUGAAGAUGAGUGGUCGGAAGGGAAAAGGAAACGAAAGAAAAGAAAUACUGCGAAUGUAUCAACAGCUUCAAGAAGCACUUCGCGUAAAUCGAACGCGAACAGCAGCAGUGCUUGCAAUAAUAGUGGUAGCUCGAACGCACAAAACAGUACAUCUCUCAACGUACCAACGCAGCCAAAUGAUCCGAAGCCUUUCGUUUGUCAACAAUGUGGUGCUAAGUACAAGAGUCGACCAGGAUUGAACUAUCAUCGAGCACACGUCCAUCCGGAGACGGCUAGUCGAUCUUCUACACCACACUUAGAAGUUGACAUAUCACCAAUUUGCGAUUUGUGUCUUGGAGAUCGAAAUGAAAACAAAAAAACUCUAUUACCCGAAAUAUUAGUGAGUUGUCACGACUGUGGUCGAUCAGGUCAUCCGAGUUGUUUGAAGUUCACGGAUAACAUGUUGGUAUCAACGAAGAAAUACGGUUGGCAGUGUAUUGAGUGCAAGAGUUGUGCUAUUUGUGGUACAUCGGAUAAUGACGACCAGCUAUUAUUCUGCGAUGAUUGUGACAGAGGAUUCCACCUAUACUGUUUACAACCACGACUACUGAGUGCACCUGAAGGUGAAUGGAGUUGUUAUUUGUGUCAAAAGCAAUUCGGAGCUAAAGCAUCCUUACCAAUCAUUACCAGCAAUGGCAGUGAUACUGUCCGUUGA